UUGGAUAACGGCAUAACAGUAAUUCUUAAAGAAAUUCAUCAUGCUCCGAUUGUCUCGUUCCAAGCUUAUGUCAAGGUUGGAAGCAUCCACGAAGGCAAGUAUUUAGGGUCCGGCAUUUCCCAUUUUAUCGAACAUCUCAUCGACGAUGGGACCGAACGACGAACGCGCGAGGAAAUUGAUAAUCUCGUUGAGGCGAUGGGAAAUGCUUCCAACGCCUACACGACGAAAGAUCACUCCCAAUAUCAUAUCACCACUCCCCGUCAAUAUUUAACACAAGCCCUUGAUCUCCUAUCUGACUGCCUCAAACAUUCCACCUUUCCAUCUGAUGAGGUAGAGAUUCAGCGUGGCGUCAUUUGGAACGAACUGAAUGGUGAGCUUGAUGAACCGACUCAGUUGCUGUAUGACCUCUAUUAUGAGACGGCGUUUCGUGAACAUCCAGUACGCUUCCCGGUGGGCGGAUACAAAGAACUGUUCAUGGAGUUGACGCGAAGCGAUCUCGUUGAAUUCUAUCGACAGCACUAUGUUCCUGAUAAUCUAAUCUUUGUGGCUACCGGCGAUUUCCAAUCAGAGGAGAUGCUUGGGAGGAUUGGGGUGGCAUUCGAGGAUUUUCCGCGUCGUAGCCCGCCCGCAAUAGAACUUCCGCGCGAGCAUCGCCAACUUGCCGCUCGACGGGCUGAACGGCAUAUGGAUGUGGAAUUGGCGUAUUUAGUGAUGGGGUAUCAUGGGGUCCGUAUCGAUCACGAAGAUGCGCCGGCAUUGGACCUGAUUGCGACGGUGUUGGGCAGCGGAGAAAGUUCGAGGCUUAUCCAGAUCCUGAAAAAUCAACAUCAGCUUGUGUAUGACAUCCAGACGUGGUCAGAUACGCCGCGAUACGAUGGUGGUUGUUUCGGCUUUGAAGCAGAGCUUGUGCAUGGCAAAUUAUCCGAAGCAGAGGCGAGAUUAAUUGAACAGAUUGAACGGCUGAAAUCUGAGUCAGUGUCAGAGAGCGAGUUGCGACGUGCCCAAACCAUUGAAACAAGCGAGUAUCUCUUUGCGUUACAGUUUGUUGAAGAACAGGGAGCGAUGCUCGGUGUUGACGAACUCACGACGGGGGAUUGUCGGUUUCAUGAGAAAUACCUUCAGCAGAUCUGUGCCGUAACGCCGGAGGAUAUACAACGGGUGGCACAAACUUACUUUCGCCCAGAAAAUCUCACAACGGUUACAAUCCGCCCGAAAGAAAGCUCAUCAUCUGUCCAUAUUCCUCAAGCGCAAUCAGUGCCUUCAGCCGCUGAGAAGCAUCUUUUUUCCAACGGUAUGCGUCUAAUUACGAAGUCUAUUGAUACUGCGCCGGUUGUUUCCAUUCAAGCGAUGUUUCUCGGAGGUACGCGAUUUGAAACAGAAGAGAAUAACGGGGCCUUCCAUCUCAUGACAAACCUCCUGUUAAAAGGAACGAAAGACCGUUCUGCGGAGGUGCUUUUUGAAGAUAUUGAGGCAAAAGGUGGCAGCAUAGGCUCAGUAAGCGGACACAACGCAUUCGGUAUCACCGUGAAUUUACUUCGUCAAGAUAUAGAAUACGGCUUAGAAUGUUUGGCAGAUGUGCUCCUCAAUCCCGUUUUUGAUGUAGACGCGCUCGAAAAAUUAAAAUUGGAGACAAUCGUUGGCAUUCAGGCGGAAGAGGAUGAUUGGUACGCUUUAGGCAGGCGUCAAUUUCUUGAAACAAUGUUUCAAGCACAUCCCAAUCGGCUGCGCGCAGCCGGAUCUAUUACAUCGAUUAAACGGCUAUCUCGUAAAGAUGUGCUAGAUCGUUAUCAGCGUUACUGUGUGCCCAACAACAUGGUAAUCGGCGUCUUCGGCGAUGUUCAGUCGGAACACGUCCAAGACAUCGCACAACGGGCUAUCCGGGGAUUCCUAUGCAACAUGCUGAUCGUGACAGUCGUCGAAGUCCUUAGCAGUCUGUUAUUCGGUGUCGGACAGCCAGGGGGACGAUUAUAUAAGCGUCUCCGCAAUGAGCAAUUGGUCUAUCAUCUUCACGGUUAUCCUUACUUUGGUAUCGACUGCGGCUACCUUGCAAUUUGCGGGAGCACAGUUCCGAAUCACAUGGAGCCGUUGAUAGCACUGAUUGACGAAGAGAUUUCAAAUCUACAACGUCAGGGGGUUUCUGAUUCGGAGUUAGAGCGUGGGAAACAGAUGUGCCUGACAAACUAUCUGCUUAGUGCCCAAACUGCCGGCGUUCAGGCGUCAAUCGCCGUGCUAGACGAACUCUACGGAUUCGGCUACGAUUACGUGAACCAAUACGAAGCAAAGAUUGCCACCGUUUCCAAAGAAGCCAUUAGACGCGCUGCGAAUGCCUACCUACCGCUGAACAAGCGCGUCAUUAGUAUUAUUCGUGAUGCGUGA